AUGUUUCCGCUUAGAGCCUCUUGGCCGCCAUUGAACGACUUUCAGGCGAUCAACCAAAGUGACGACGAAAAUGCGGGUGCUGCUGGCCGCGCUCCUCGCGGCGUUCGUCGUCCCGUUCUGCGCACAGGUGAACUUUCACCUGUUUAUUAGAUAUUUAAUUGAUUAGAGCUCGGAAAGCUGAUUCCAAUGGUAUAAAUUUCAUUGGGAAAACUUAGUCUACUUAUGAAUGUUCUUAUAUUUUUUGAAACGCCUUGAGUUCAAGUAUCAAACUCCAUACAAAGCCAAUCUGCGUCUUCAAGUGGUAACUUAAGUUUAUUGUGUUUCUUAAGAUUAGACUAACUCGAGGUCUCUGAAAAGUCCGAAAAAAAGGCAAAAAAAUCAAAAAACCGAGAGGGGCCGAUCCCAAGACCUUCCAAUCCAAAGCCUAGCUCUCAAACGACUCUACCUGGUUUCCUUCAAGCAACCUGGUCCCUUAAGUGAUUUUAAGGCCUCUUAAGUGCUCCACCGACAAACUUAAUACUCAGGAUUCCCAACGAAUUCCAAAAAAAAGGCAAAAAAAUAAAAAACCGAGAGGAACCGAACCCAAGACCUCCCAAUUCAAAGCCUAGCUCUCAAUCGACUCUACCUGGUUUCCUUCAAGCAACCUGGUCCCUUAAGUGAUUUUAAGGCCCCUUAAGUGCUCCACCGACAAACUUAAUACUCAGGAUUCCCAACAAAUUCCAAAAAAAUAAAAAACCGAGAGGAACCGAACCCAAGACCUUCCAAUCAAAGCCUAGCUCUCAAACGACUCUACCUGGUUUUCUUCAAGUCAACUGGUCCCUUAAGUGAUUUUAAGGCCCCUUAAGUGCUCCACCGACAAACUUAAUACUCAGGAUUCCCAACAAAUUCCAAAAAAUAAAAAACGGAGAGGAACCGAACGCAAGACCUCCCAAUCCAAAGCCUAGCUCUCAAACGACUAUACCUGGUUUUCUUCAAAUAACCUGGUCCCUUAAGUGAUUUUAAGGCCCCUUAAGUGCUCCUUCAAGAUGACUGAACACUCAGGGUCUUCAAUAAUCUCCAAAUAAAAUGGCAAAAACGCAGCGAGGAUUCGAACCCUAGACCCUCUCCUCCACACCCAAACUCUCAACCGACUCUACCUGAUCCCUUAAGUGAUUUUAAAGCCUCUUAAGUGCUCCUUCGAGAUGACUGCAUUCUCAGGGUCACCAAUAAUCUCCAAAUAAAAUGGCAAAAACUCAGCGAGGAUUCGAACCCUAGACCCUCUCCUCCACACACAAACUCUUAACCGACUAUACCAAACUGUUCCAGGAACUGAUACCGACGUCAGAGGUCGAAUCUCUGGCCCAGGACCUGCAGAUCCAAGAAUGGAUGCGCACGUUGCGACGCGUCAAACGCGCGCCGACGAGAAGUUAGUUUUUGUCCAAUUCUUUUCGACAAUUUCCCAGUUUGCUCUGUUCUAUCUUUCUCUCUCUAUAUCUAUAUCAUCCUCCAUUUCAUUCUGUGCAGCAGAAAAUCGAAGGAAAAUGCAAUUAAAAGACGAAUUUCGCUACAGGUUUUAUCAAAGAGUGUUGCACGCUGCGGUCGUCGAGCCGACGCAAGUUGCCAGGUGA